AUGGAGAAGCUCGUGGAACGCAUAUCCACCACGCCCUACGUCUCGGCUCUUGUCGCAAGACGGCGAUUCCUUUUCGGUGCAUUUGUUAUUUUCUUAAUAUUAAUAGCCGUGUCUUUGACCGAGAAGGAGGACGUCAAUGCCUGGUCGCGGACGCAGAGCGGCUUCAGCCACCUUGCUGCCGCCAAUGGAACGAAUUCGAACGGUUCGAUCCCGAUACAGAGCUCCCCGCUCAUUCCCAUAGGCCAAGGGUACAAGAGGCCGGGCUACGAACUGCCGCUCGCAGAUGGAAUCCCACUCCGAAUCAUGGCGAUUGGCGCAUCGACAACCCGUGGAGACGAAAGUUUCGACAAUAAUGGAUUCCGACGACCGAUUCGAGAAUACCUGACUUCGAUUGGAAAUCCGGUCAACUUUGUGGGCACACAGCGCGUCGGAAAUAUGUCAGACAACGAGAUCGAGGCUUACCCUGGUGCUCGCACCGGCCAGAUGCAUCACCAUGCGCUGGAUGUAGUCCCCAAGACCAAGCCGAACGUUGUACUUGUGAACGUUGGAGCCAAUGACUGUUUUCAGCAUUGGGAUAUCCCUAACUUCUACAAGCGCUACUAUGCCUUUGUUGACUACCUGCUCACAGCAUCUCCCAGAGCGACUAUCGUGAUGGGCACGUUGCUUCCCACCACAGAGACGGAACGGUUCAAUGGGUCUGCCGAUGUUACAGUAGUGAACCAGCAGAUGCAUCGUCUAUACCAGAUCUUCAAGAAUGAGGGCAGACCCGUUGUUCUGGCAGACAUGACCGGGCCUGAUGGAAUUCAAGAUUCCGAUCUCUCGUGGGAUGGAAUGCACCCGACGUCGGCAGCGUACAUCAGAAUGGGGCAGAUCUUACUCCGAUCCAUGAUUGAAGCCGAUGCGCGCGGUUUCCUGCGACCAGCAGAGCCAAUCCACGGCGUUCUGCAAGACGGGGACUUGGAGCAUCAGGACGAAGACUAUGGCAGGUGGGCCGAUGAGCAAAGGAGACUAGAGGCCCACAGGAAGAAAGUGGAAGAGCAGGAGGUCAUGAAGAUGACCGAAGAACUGAAGCGAUGGACCACCUCGUUGGAGGGUUCUUUGGAACUGAAGAAGCAUGAGGCGGAUAUCGUGCCCAAGUUAAGACGAGACAGCAACUCUGUGGACGCCUCGAAUACGAUUCUUGCCUGGAUACUUGGAUUACUGGCCACCUGGAUACAGAGUAACUUCUGA